AUGGAGAGCCGAGGCCGGGCAGGGCUCCAGCCGGCGGCCGGGGGAGGUGCAGGAGGAGGCGGCUGGGUGCUGGUGGAGGCCCGGCUGCAGGGAGGAGCACCCUGGGGCUUCACUCUGCAGGGGGGCCUGGAGCACGGAGAGCCGCUCAUCAUCUCCAAGGUGGAGGAGGGCGGGAAGGCGGACCGUUUGGAGCGACCUCUGCAGUUGGGGGACGAGCUCGUCAUCAUUAACGACGUGGAGCUGAGCGGGUUCCGACAGGAGGCCAUCGCUCUGAUCAAAGGCUCCUACAAGACUCUGAAGCUCACCGUCCGCAGGGAUUUUGAUCCUGGAUAUGUUGAGGAGUUCGUCACUUCGUCAAACUGCUCACCCGUUCUUCGUCUUCCUUCUCCUCCUUCUCCUGUCUCCUCGCGGUUCCCACUGUCGUACUCCUCAACUCCACAACAAGAAACUCAACCGUCCAAUCACAGCCAGCCAUGUUCGACAGUCCAACUGCGCAUCAAAAACAGACGCACUGAGCCGGCGUCUCGUCCUCAUUCGUGGCACUUAACGAAGCUCGAUGAAGGCCAGCCGGACUUCAACCCUGCAGACAUGGACACGAUGAGCAGCGCCUGGACAAACAGCUACCCCGCCAGUGUCUCGACCACGGACUUGUCCUGUAGGUUUGAAUAUGGCGGAGGCUGCUUGAGGAAAAGUCCAGACCAGUAUAGCUCCAGGGGCAGCAUGGAGAGCCUGGACCCACCCCAGUCUGUUCAACGUCACUCCACGGUCCAGACCCAGCACCCACUCGGCCACCACGGUCACACCGGACUCCACUCGGCUUACUCGUCCUGCCACCAGCUGUCCUCUGCCAGGUCCUCAAACAGCAUUGACCACCUGCACAGCCAGCGAGACUCCGCCUACUCCACCAGCUCCAGUAUCCCAGAGUACCUUGCCUCGACCCCUUCGUUCAGCCCGGCGCGGUCCUACUCUCUGGAGACGGUCCCUCAGAGAGGCGGGGGGAGUGCAGAGAUGCUGCAGGCAGACAUUCAUAACGUCCGAACGAGCUACGACGUCCAUCAGGGUGGUCUCUCUCAUGAGCGCGAGCUAAGCUCCGCCUCUGCUACGUUGCUUAGCAGCAGUGACUCCAGGGGCGCGGUGAGAUCGGGUCUAAACCGAGAUCUCCAAGCUGGUGGGGUUUGUUACCGUGGCAACGACAGUGGCAACGACAGUGGCAACACCAGUGGCGGCGGCAGGAGCAGCGUACCGGCUUCAAACCGACACAGCGUAGGACCGAUAUGGGGCUCGGCAGCUAGCUACAACUCCUACGAGAGCCUGAAGGGGGCGCCCGCUCCACCGAGGCGCAGCGACAGCUACGCCGCCAUCAGGAACCACGAGAGACCAAACUCCUGGUCCAGUCUGGAGCAUGCUCGGUCACUACGGUCUCUGCAGAAAGGGUCCUGCCACCACUCCAGUGGACCUGUUGCCUCAGUUGCAGCUAAAGGUCCGUAUGGUCUUGAGGGUCAGCUCCACACUGUGAUGGAGAAGAGUCCAGAGAGCAGUCCCACCACAAAGCCUCGGCAGGGUGGAGGGUUCUCCCUGCCCCCGUCUCCUACCGGACCUACCUCGGGGCCGGCGGGUCCUCUCAAUGGGACAUCGGCUACAGAAAAUGGCCACCAAAACAACUCUUCACCGUUAUCCCAUUCGGCUUAUUUACCGUCUACCUCUUCGCAAAUCAGGACCCGAGGACACGAGGCAGACAGGCAUCAACAGCAAGAGUCCAACGCUGGACCCCACAGGCCACACGGGAAAACAACUGGAGGGGAAUCGGACUGUCAGAUCUGGGCCCAAAGGCCCCAGAAUCACCAGGGACCUUUUAUUCAGAACUUCCAAGUUCCCCAUUCCCAAGAACAGAUCCAGGACUUUAGGGUUCCUCCUGUCUACUCAGGUCCAAGUCUUAGAACCUGUUCCUCUCAGGAGAAGACUGACCCGCGAGACAAGAUCAGAUCCAGAGACCUGUCCAGCGUUCAUCCAGACCCAGCAGCUUCCUCCCGACUCCCCCAGGGACAAGUGCGGCCUACCUGCGCCUCACCUUCUCCGCCGCAGCUUCAGGCUCCUCCCACCUCCGUCCUGCCCCCGUGUUCUCGUCACCUCGGCGACUCCUCGGCACCUCCGCCCCGACCCUGGAGCCACGGAGACCCGGACGAAGACAGCGAGCACCCGCUGACCCGCCUGGAGAACGCCCUGCACGAGGUCCAGCGUUCCGCCAGCCCCGACGGCGUUUUCUCCGGUGGUAACCACGACAACGGCUGUCACGACAACGGCUGUCACGACAACGGCGGUCACAGCGACGGCGCCCGCGGGCCCGUCCGGAGCCUGUCGGUGUUGGAGAAAGUCAGCCGAUUCGAGCGUCAGGAACGCGGCGUGAAGAGCGGCGGCGUCUCGCACAGCAAAGCUCCUCACCUGCAGAUGGUCGAUAAAGGCCGAAGUUUCCCCUGUGGAGCCGAAGACCUCAGAAAUAUGUUGGAGAGGAGCACGAAGGAGGCGAAAACCUGCAGGACGAUGAGCUACAGAGGAGGCGGCGAGACGAAACCCGGGACUCCAGCUGAUCCCGUCUCAGCCCUGCAGAGAAGCCGCAGCAGCUUCCAGCUGGACGGACUGAAGGACGGGGACACCAGCAGGGACUUCCCCUGGAGCCAGAAACCCCAGGAGGUCAUGGACCCCCUGCAGGACCCGUUCCCCAUCAGGGACGGACACUCAAACGUCCAUCGCUCAUUUUCCUUCAGACGGAACAACCUGAACUCCUCCAUCAACCCUCCACCUCCUGCUCCUCCUCCUGCCUCCUCCUCCUGCAGCCUUCAGCCUCCCCCUAUCCCCGCCAAGGAGAAAAAAGGUCCAAAGACCAGGCCCAAACCGCAGGGCGUGGUCAUCACGCCGCUGGUCCUCUCCCCUCACACCCCGAAGGAGAGGCACGUGGUCUGUCCGGACGUUCGAGGGCAGAGCCCGCCACCCCUCCCCACCGUGCCUCCGGUCGGGCCUCCUCCCCUAACGAGGAUCUGCGGCCGCAAGCGUCUGACGGCCGACCAGAAGAAGCGUUCCUACUCAGAACCAGAGAACCUGAACGAAGUCGGAGUUCUGGAUCCUGAGAUUUCUGCGCUGUUCCGGCGUGGAGGAGAGACCAGCGUGGCCGACCGCAGGAAGAUGUUUGAACUCGCUGCGGUCCGUGGUGGUGACGGGGCUCCCCAAAGAACCAUGUCUCGGUCCGACCUCAGGCAGGUCCGUCAAGACGCUCUCGUCGAGUACAUGGUGAGGAAGACGGGAGCGAAGAGAGACGAAGGACCGAGGACCGGAACGAGGCCUCGCAGUGCCUUUCUUCAGCUCGAGAACAGCAACCACUCAGACACCUUCAGUCUCUCCUCCACCUCCAGCCUUCUCUCCCUCCAGGAGCCGGACCCAGAUCAUCGUUUCCUCUCUGAGGAGAGGCGUCUCUGCUCAACGCUUCCUGUUGGCGCCGACCUGUUGAGCCUCCAGUCAAACCUUUUCCACCCGGGCAGGGUGACCACGCCCAGACCUCCGGCUCAGCCAGUGCCCAGUGCUUCGGCUCUUGAGCUCCAUGCCCAUGGCUACCAGGAGCUCAACCCUGAAACAGCUUUCAGACAGAGCCAUCGCCGGAACUCAAGUCAAGACCAGCAGAACGCCGAGUUCAAGCCGGGACUGUCUCAGAAGCUCAACGAGGCUUUGCAGCGGGCUGGGUCACACCGCAGGUCUGGGAGGUCGGCCUCUGCCGAGAAUCUCCUGGAGCGUUCGGAGAACAAGCCGUACUCUCCUCAACACCACCGCUCACGGUCCUCCCCAACCGUAGAGGAGCUCAACCAGAACCUAAUGUCAGGGGACGUCAAGACGUUUGGCGUCUCUUUCUCUGAGGCCGAACGCUGCGCUCUGGCUGCAGACAGUCCGGCAGACGUCCAUGCCGUCCCUCCUCAGAGGUCCCAGUUCAUUGAGACCACUCUCCAGUCUCCUCCUCAAGAUCCCGCCCACACUCCCGUCACUCGCAGGGAGCGACAAAGGAACGGCGAGCGUCUGCGUGCCCACAGCACCUCCACCCUGGCAGCGUCGGUCGGCCUCCCCUGCCCCUUCCCCCCCGCCGGGACCCGGGAUGGAGACGCCGCUGAGUGGAGAGCCAGCGAGAGGCUCAGCCAGGCCAACCUGGACGCCAUCAGCUUCCCCGACGUCCCUCAAACAGACGUGAGCAACAGAGACGAGACUCCGGUGAGGGACAGGCAGACCAGAUCCAGUCUUAGUGACGUGUCAGGAGACGCCCCGGAGGACGAAUACAGGAACCGAGCCUUCAGUCUGGAGUGGACGGGGAGGAGUUCUGAAGAAAGAACCAAACCAGUUUCACCUUCAUCGGUUCUGCCUCUGGACAGGAAGACCAGCAGGAGCUCCACGCCUCCUCCAUCCUCCCAUCCAUCCGUCCGCCACCUGUCCUCCCUGAGGAUCUCUGAGUCCAGCCUCUCCGGUUCCUUCGAACCUCAGCAGCUAAGGGCUUCCACAGGAACCUCCCAGGAGGACCUGGAUGAGGUCUUCUUCCAAAAUCUUCCUCCUCCUCCUCCUUUAACUCCACCUUUAAAAGAGACAAGCAUCGUGGAGGACUUCCCUCCUCCACCUCCUCCGGAGCUGGAAGCCGAAGAGCAGAUCGAGCGAGGGAAGUCCACGUCCACCACAGCCGAGGACAACGUGGAGUAUCAGCUGCUGCACAAAAGGGACAAGAGCCCCGAGGAGCUGAGAGCGGAGGCGCUCGCUCGCCAGCUGGUGCUGCGGGACCCGUCUCUGGCGCCCCUCCUGGACACCUGGGGGGGCAAGUCCACCGUGGAGCUGAUGGAGGAGAUGUUUCCAAACAGCCGAAGGGCCGAUAAAACCCCGGAGCCGCUCAGAGGCUCGACGUGUCCCGAUGAAAGGAACCAAGAGGGUUCUGCAGCUCGGGAGGCGGGUCGGCGGGAGGAGACGAAUCUGGACGAGGACGAGACGGAUCUGAACGCCGCGAAGGUGGCGCUCUGCGAGGCUCUGAGGAGCAGCGUGGCGGCGCUGCAGCAGCAGAAACGGGCCCUGGGUGAGGAGCUGAGGCAACACCGGGCUCUCGGGUCCAGCCUCGAGGUCCUGAUCCAGGAUCGGCUAAAAACCAACGAGAGGGAGAAGUACAGCGUGUUCGUCGGAGACCUGGAGAGGAUCGUGCACCUGCUGCUGUCUCUGUGCAGCCGCCUGGCCCGGAUCGACAGGACGCUACUCUGUCCGCAGAGGACAGAGAGCACCGCCGAGGAGAAGGACUCCCUUCAUCACAAACGCUCUCUGCUCCUCCUCCAAACCGAAGACGCCCGGGAGCUGAAGGAGAACCUGGACCGUCGGCAGCGCGUGGUCCACGCCAUUCUGUCCGGCUACCUCACCGAAGCCCAGCUCCGCGACUACCGCCGCUUCGUCGGCGCCAAACCCUCCCUCCUGAUCCACCAGCGUCACCUGGACGACCUCAUCCGGCAGGGGGAGGAGCAGCUGACCGGGCUGGUCGAGAGUCUGCCGGCGGAGCUGGCCGAGGCCCGCGGCUGGUCCACAUCCUGCUCCCCUCUGGCUCCGCCCUUUGUGACUACAGGCUCCGCCCACUCCUCCAGACCCACCACCGUUACAUCGCUGUAAAAAUGUUGACAAAAGCUGCGUUCGGAACCACGCCUGGUUCCUGUUGGAGGAUUUCCAAAAACUUUUUUGAGUUGAAAGAAUAAAUGGGUCAACAGACGUGUCGUAGUUUGCUUUCAGGUCGAUUGAAGCCGAAAAAAAUUUAGUUUUUACCAAGAAAAGACCCAAACAGAUAAAACUGUCCAUUAACGGCCUGAGCGGU